AAGGGACUUCUGGGAUGCUGGCGGAAUGUUUGAGGCGGUCUCGGGCGACCCAGGUGUUGCAACAACGUCCCCAGUGACUGUAGAGCUGACAAAGGACAGUACUCUAGGAAGUUGGUCGGCGUUGUGCAACUUCAAAAGUUUGAUUUAGCUACAAUGAAAGCAAGGACUGUAUUUUUUCUAGUCUUGCUCGAUGCAAUAGUUUUUGUUGGGGCACAGGACGGCGAAACUGAACAGAAUGUUGUGGAAGAAUUAUUGGUGGAGACCUUGGUGAAACCCGAAACAUGUUCUGUGUUGUCAGAAAUGGGAGAUACGCUUCAAAUCCACUACACGGGUAAACUGAUGGAUGGCAAAGUGAUAGACUCAUCACUGUCCCGGGACCCCCUUGUUGUUGAGUUAGGGAAGAGGACUGUCAUCCCUGGUUUGGAGCAGAGCCUGGUGGGCGUUUGUGAAGGACAAAAAGUCAAGGCCACUAUUCCAGCUCAUCUUGCCUAUGGAAAAAGAGGAUACCCUCCCACUAUACCUGGUGAUGCUACACUAGAAUUUGAGGUGGAGGUAGUCUCCUUGACCCAGCAAACUCCAUGGCAGAAAAUGGUGAAUGAUGUGUUCCCCCUGGUGUGUCUGGGCCUGGUGCCUACACUGCUAGGCUUGGUGGGGCUUUACCUCUAUAACAAGGCCAAAGCCCCGCGACCCAGCAAGAAGAAAGCCAAGGACAAGAAGAGCAAGAAGAAAUGAAGCAAAAUAGGAAUAUUAUUUAAAUAAUAAAAAAGUAUUAUAACGUAA